CCUUUAGGACGAAGUAAAACUUGAUCCAUACUUUAUAUACUCUUUGGAUUAUACGACAAUCACAAUAUACGUAUAUUUAUCGUAAAUUGUAUCAAAUAAUUUACUCCGUUUUCUUUAAUAAUAUAUGAUGUCUAAAAGGUGUGUUGGAUUUAAUAACUAAUUAAGUUGUUUUUCAAUUUGUGUCAUAUUCAUUUGGAAGUGCUAGUUGUUUGUAAGAAAAAUGUUCAAAAAAUUUAAAGACAAAUUAGCUGAGGAAGUGAAGUCAUCUCCUCAAAGGAUACAACAGUUUGCACAAGCUGCCCAGGCUGCUGUGACAUCUGCAUCAAGUAGCAUAUCUGAUAUAACAAAUAAUGAUUUAUUUUCUAUUGGAGAUAAUGACUCUUCCAGUAAAGUUAAAACGCCAUCUCAUAAUCAACAGAUCGUUUUUCAAGAAGUGUCUCUUAAGCAGCCGGGAAGUAAUCAACAAAAUAUUGAUUCAGACUUUCAAAUCAAUCUAGAGAUGAACCAAGAAAAUCAGAGGCAAAGAAGACUAUCCAACAGUUCCUUUGCUAGUGAUAUAUCUUUCCGCCUCCCAAGCUAUGAAAGCCCAUUAAUGUAUCAUUUGCAAUCAGAUAUGGAGGUAUCAGCGAGCGAGGCUGAAGAAAAAGGAUUUUCUGGAAGCACAGUGAACCUGGAUAGAGUAACUAAAGAACAGUUGUAUGCAGCAUAUCGUCGAACGCAAGAUCGCUGUACUAAAUAUAAAACUCAGUAUGCGGAUCUUGCCCGUCAUUACAAACUUUUGGAGAGGGAAAAUGCAAAAGCAAGAAAUGUUUUAGUUGAAACUCAGGAUAAAGCUUUAAGAAGGAUAUCAGAAUUGAAAGAACAAUGUUCACUGGAACAAAGUGCUAAAGCACAUCUCGAGAAAGCUUUGCGUAUUGAAAUUGAGGAGAAAAAUAUGAAAAUAGAAACACUGAACACAAAGUUGAUGUUUUUACAGAAUAGUAAUACAGAUAUUGGAUUGAAUAACAGUAUAGAAAAUAAUAAAGUACAAGAUACAAAUAAUGGGAACGAUAAUUAUGCGCCUUUAAUAAAAUUAGCUACUGAUGAUUUAAAUAAUGAAAGAAAAACAAACGAAGAUAAUUCAGAAACUACAGUUUUAAAUAAUAAAAUUGAAAAGUUGGAGCAAUUAUUAAAUAAAUAUAAAGAAUCACUUAAAUCUACUAAAGAAAGGAAUGGACAGUUAACUACGGAAUUACAAAAAGUAUCUACAGAACUCGAAACAAAAAUAAAGGAAAAUGAACAACUUCAAGCUGCUACAAUAUCAUUAACAGAAGCUAGGGAAAAAAUUCAAGAACUAAAUGAAAACAUUGAAUAUUUACAAAAUAAAAACAAUUCCUUUGAAUUUUCGAAAAAUAAAGAAUUGUCAAUUCUGGAAAUUAAUUUAAAAAAUGCACAAGAGGAAAUUAAGAACUUACAUAAAAAAAUUGAAAUUUUAAGUAAAAGAGAAGAAGAGUAUGCCAUAUCAUUGGCUGAAAAUAAACUUAGCAUUCACAAAGAGUUAGAAAGUAAGGAAGCCGAAAUCAAAUCAUUAAAUGAUAGUGUAGCAAAUAGUAAUGAUGAAAUCCAGUCACUUAAUAUAAUUAUAAAUGAUUACAAAAAUAACAUAAGUAAAUUGGAAGAUGAGCGUUCUAAGUUAAGAAAUGAAAUUAACGAUCUAAAUAUUGAUAAAGCUAAAAUUGGCGAGCUGAAAGCAGAAUUGGAAAUUUUUACCCAAAAAUACCAAUCUCUUGAACAAAUGAAGAGCAAGGCUGAUGAAGAAUACAACUGCCUGCAGCUACAAGUGAAGCAAGAAACAGCAGAAAAGUUAGCAAUGAUAGAUAGAAAUGUUUAUUUAGAAAACAGAAAUACACAAUUAAUUGAAGAGAAUACAAAGAAAAGUUCACAAAUCAGCAAUUUAGAAAAAGAAAUUCAAAAGUUAAAACUUGAGGUAGUUUCUUCAAAUAAAAAUGAAUUAGAAAAGUCACAUAAAGAACAAAAUUAUGUUGAAGAAGUAAAUAAGUGGAAAUUAAAAUGUAAUAACCUGGAAUCAGAAAUUCAAGAAGAGAGAGUGGAACUUGAAAAGUUGCAGUCAGAAAUCGAAAAACUAUUAUCAAAUCACGAAUCUAUACAAAAUCAUAAUGAACAAUUGAUAAUUACAGUAGCUAGUUUAAAGUCAGAAAUAACUGUCCUAAAAACUAAACUUAUUCAAAGUGAUAAAAUAAAAAGCCAUUGCGAAGAAUUAAAAACAGAAAUAAACCACUUACGAUUACUCUUAACUAAAACUUUAGAGGAAUCAAAAGUUUUUAAGCAAUCUAUGAAUACAACACUCCAUGUGGUUAAGGAAAAAGUGACGUUAUUAAAUGACAUAACUACAAAAGAAAUUGCUAGGUUAGAAAAUGAAACCGAAAAUUUACGUUUAACUAAUGCUUCUUUACAAAGUGAUGUUCAAAAAAUAUCAGAUAAAUACAAAACUCUAAACAGCAAUUAUAAUCAGCUGGAAACAGUAAACAAUGAAUUAAAAUCAAGCAUACAUGAUUUACAAGCUGAAAACAUUUCACAGGUACAAAAAAUACAAGCUUUACAAAAUCAAAACGAAAAUAACGUUAAGGAAAUGAAUAAUUAUGCACAAAUUUCAGAAAAGUUAAAUGAAGAAUCGAAAAAUUAUAAUUUUGAAAAGGCGUCUCUAAAAGAACAAAUUAACACUUUAAAACAACAAAAUGAUGAAUUACUUAUUUCAUUAAAAGAAACUGAAACGAAUAAGAAAACUUCACACAACGAAUUUAAAAAAAUAGCUGAUAAAUAUGACGAUGUACUUAAUAAAUUGAAUAUAUUAACUAAGGAACACAGUGAUUUAUUGGAAAUGAAAGAAGACUAUAAGAAAAAAACAGAUAUUAUCCUUAACUUAGAAAAACAAAUUGACAGUCUUAACCAAGAAAAUACAUCAUUGAAGAAAUUAUCUGAAACUAUUUCAAAAAAUUUUACAGAUAUUGAACACAAAUUAAAGGAAGAGCGUGAAUCUCAUUCUCUAAUUGAAAUUGAAAAAGAUCGUUUGAACUCCGUAAUUUGUGAACUUGAAAGUAAUAUUAAAAAAGAAAAAGAUGUAUAUGCUAAAAAUACACAAACAGAUAAUUUAAACGAAAAGUAUCUUAAUGAUAGCAAGGAAGAAAUUGAACGAUUAAAUAAAGAAAUAGAGGCAUUGAAAAGCAUAAACAAUGAAUUAUCUGAAGAAAUUAAGGAUAACAAAUUAGAUUUAACUAAAAUGGAAGAAAGUUUAUUAAAUCAGAAUGGCCGUGUAAUUGAGCUUAACUCUCUAAAAGAAGAGAACAAAAGAUUGCAGUCAGACAUUGAAGGCCUCCAAUCUUAUAUGACUAAAGUUUCAAAAGAAAAUAGUCAACUUAAUGAUAAAUUACGAGAAAUAAUUGCUACAAAUGAUGGUUUCCCUGAGAAAAAUGAUAUUUUAAUUCAAGAUUUAGAAAGUCUUAAAAGUGAAAUUCAACUUGGAAAAGAUAAAAUAGAUAACUUAAUUAGAGAAAACUCAUUACUUGCAGAGGAGAAUCUAGAAUUGAAGGACCAAAUUAAAUCACAAACAUAUACUAAUUCUAACUUAGUUACCGAUAACAACAGUGAAAAAAAUGAUGAUAUAGUUCGUAAGUACAGUAAUGCAAUUGAAACAAAAAAUAAAUUGGAAAAGAAAUUACAUGAUAUGGAAUUAAUUAAUCAAUCAGUUAAUAGCGACAUGCAACAAAUGCAAGCCAAUAAUGAAAAAUUAAGGCUAUCUAAUGAAAAGCUCGAAAGGAGAUUAGAUGAAGCGCUUGUUAGCUUAAGACAUCUGCAUUCAUUACAAGAGAAUACUGAGUUGGAAUAUUUGAGAAAUAUUCUAUAUGAAUACCUAACAGGUUCAGGUACACAUUCCAUGACUCUAGCAAAGGUGCUAUCAGCAGUAGUUAAGUUUGACGCCAAGCAAACUGAAAUAGUACUAGAGAAGGAGAAGGAAAGACAAAGCCUGUUGCAUCAACUUCGUAUUCUUUGAUAUAGAUAAUUUUAAUUCUUUCUAAUUAUAAAGCUAAAUGAAAUAUUAUUUAUUUUUAGGUUAACACAUUCUAUUUUUUGUACAGACAUUAAAUAACGUGAAUUAUUAUGUUAUAAUUAUAUAAAACUAUAAUGUUGCCAUUUUGUACAAUUUGUUCCAUGUAUAUUAGGCAUGAAUGUAAUCUUAGCAAUUUUAUUAAGGAAAAAUUAAAAUAAAAUUUAGAAUUGUUCAUAAAAAACAUGUAAUUGAUAA